AUGUCUUAUGAUAAAGAACUAUUGCAGGAAGCAUGUGAUGACAGGUUAUAUGAUGCUAGCAAUGAAGUUGAUAUUCUUCCUUUGAGAGGGGUUGAUUUAGAGUACCGGUAUGGGGAUUUAAAUGACCAGACACUUGUGGAACAAGUCAAGGGUGAAAGUUUAUUGUCUAAUUCAGCUAAUAGUGAAGAUAUGGAACACAGCCUUGGCUCCCUGACUGGUACUGGUUGGCAGCAAAUACCAUAUACUGGAUUAAGUGGUAACCAUGGUGAUAGCAUAGAAAUUACAACUAAUGCUGAUGAUGAUAAUGAUGAAAUAGAGAGAUUAGUGAAAAAGGAAGAACUUCAAAAAAAAGCCAUGGAAACAGAACGGUUUUUAAAUGAUUUAAAAAACAAUAAAAAAUUGAAAAAUCAUACUAGUAUACCAAAAGGCAGUUUAGAAAACAAGACUCUAUUGUGCAGAGGAGCAGCAUCGACUGUUGCUUUGGAAAAAAACAUGAUGCUGAGUGCUGAAGAUAAACAUAAAACUCAUCCCAAGAAAAAGAAGUGGAAAGUUGUAACUUCUGAUGUGAAUCUGGAUAUUGAGAAUGAAGCGAGUAGUUCAAAUGAAUUCGACACUGAUCAGAACUCAGGCUGGCAUAUUUCCCCAGUCAACGCCUGGUCUUCUUCAUCAUGGGAAAGUAACGUUACUGAUGUUGUAAAUCACAGUGACAAAGUUAAAAAGAAACAAUUUACAGAGAAGGCAUCUGCCCCUCUUGUUGACACUGUAGAAUCUGAUUCUGAUUCAAAGGUCAAGGCUAUAACACAUUACAAACCACUUAAACCAUUUGAAACGGGUGACAGUGAUCACCCGUCAAACUGGAAGACCGAUGGAUGGUCAAGCGAAGAGGGAUAUUAUCUGGUCACCUUGGAAACCAGUUCUUAUGAAUAUUGUAGUAUUCGGACAGAGUUUACUAACACCAAUGUACAAAUCAAUCGGAUUGAAAGAUUGGAAAAUCUGGAUUUAUGGGGGAAGUUUCAGUUUGAAAGGGAGCGCAUGUCAAAGAACAGACCAAUAGAAUUUAACUUGAAUGAAUGUUACUUGUAUCAUGGUUCUAUGGUUGACAUAGCUGAGAUAUGUAGUGAUGGACUGGAUUUAAGAAGAGGAAAAAUUGGAUUUUUUGGCAGAGGAAUAUAUUUCAGUGAUAAUGUAAAUAAGUGUAUGUUAUAUUCAGUUAAUCCAGACGGAAGCUGUCCAUCUAAGUUUCCAUAUAUUCUAAAAUGUAGAGUUCUGCUUGGUGAUACUAAGGAAUAUGCCCCUGGAGAGAAAAAUCCAGAUUUGAAAACAGAACCAAUACGAGAAAAUCGGUUACCUGGGCAACCAAAGUAUUAUGAUUCUGUGAAGGGUAAUAUCAUGGGAGAUGAUGAAUAUAUUCUAUAUAAUAACAACAGAGUUAUGCCAGAAUAUAUAAUCACUUAUAAGCCAACUACAAGGAAAAACAACACCAACCAAAGCGCCUCAGUUGAGACAACAUCCAAGUUAAACAGCACAACUUCUGAAAAUAUAGCAACAAACAGUGUCUCUGUUUCAACUAUUGUUGAUGCUAGUGCAAAAAAAGAAGUUUCCAUAACAACCAUCCAGGAUGAAGUUGCUGAAGAAGUGUCCAAUGAGCUAUGGAUGUUUAAUCAAGAUGACGCUAUCUCAGCAGAAGUUGAGGCUAGUCUUUAUCCUGUGCAGAACGAGGACCUCUCAGCUGAGCUUAGUUAUAAUGCCUCAUCCACUGAGGGUGCAGGGGGACCCCCUGGAGCAUCCUCCAGGGCACAAAAUGAAUCAGCUGUUGGUAAUUCAAAAAGACUUGUCUGGGAUGUGCAAACUGCUGAUGAACAUGACCGCAAACUAGAGGAAGUCAGAAAACAAUUGAGAUCAAAGAAUAAAGGGGGCAGUUUAAGUUCCAAUGUGCAGAGACAGACAUCUGCGUCUGCUCUUCCCUUAUCACAUGAUGAGAAACUAGAAGAAGUAAGAAAAACACUGAAGAAAAAGAAGAAAAAAAAAGCCACCAAAGAUGAGGCAAGUGAGUCAUUGUUCCCAAAUGAAACUCCCAAAAGAGAAGCUUACAGACGAAAGUGUGUUCAAGCAUCUGAUCAUCAAGUUGAUGAAAUUCGAAAGUAUUUGAAAAGUCAUCAUUUACGAUUACAGCAGCAAGGAGCAGAUGACCAAGCUUUGAACAAGGUUGAAAACCUUCUAAUUGCUUACUCUGAGACGUAUGGUUCAAUCGACGACCCGGCCUCUGCACCAGUACCUGCUGUCCUUACUCCUGACACACCGCCUAAACCUAUAGGAAGAAAACAUGGUAAAAAGAAACCAGAGGAAGAGGAGGAGGAAGAUGAAGAGGAAGAAGAAGAAGAAGAUGAAAUACAGGUAGCAGAAACCAUAGAUGAUACAUCUGAAAAUCUUCAACUCUUCACUGCUGAUGAUGAUAAUGUGAUUGAUAAAAGUGAAUACGCAACUCAAUCAACAACAAACGCUUUGACUGGAAUACGCUCAUUUCAUAGCGUGGUAGAAGAUGAUCCUGUGAAACAAGUGAUGGACUCCCUGGUAGCACAGUUUAAGGAGUGUACUGGAGAGGACGAUGAUGAUGUAGCCAAGGAGUAUAUCAAAAAUGCUCAGAUGGAUAUAAAUGAAGCUGUACUGAAAUACAUUACCCAGUAG